AGUCUAUCUCCUAUUGGGAGUUGGGACCACUAGAGUGUGUUUCAAUUCCUAGCUGCAAUCCCCCCAAUUAUUGCUAGCUGCAAUUCCUGCAAAUUUCCCAAUUUUGAAAAUAACUGCCGAAUCAGAAUGAGCUCCGCUUUCGGCGAUCGGCCGACGGUUAUGGUGACGAACGACGACGGAAUCGACGCCCCCGGUCUCCGAGCACUUGUUCGUGUUCUCGUCGGUGCCAAUCUAUUCAACGUCUUAGUUUGCGCCCCUGACUCUGAAAAGUCCGCAGUUAGUCAUAGUAUCACAUGGAGAAAUGCUAUUUCUGCUAAGCCUGUGGAGUUUAGUGGAGCAGCAGCUUUUGCAGUUUCUGGAACUCCUGCUGAUUGUACAUCCUUGGGAAUUUCCAGAGUUCUUUUCCCUUCAAUACCUGAUCUGGUUAUUAGUGGCAUCAACAUGGGUAGCAACUGUGGUUAUCAUAUUGUUUAUUCAGGGACUGUAGCAGGAGCUCGUGAAGCUUUUUUUAAUGAUGUACCCGCUGUUUCUAUAUCUUAUGACUGGGUUGGAGGGAAGAGUAAUGUUGAUGAUUUCACACUUGCAGCAGAGGCUAGCUUGCCCAUCCUUACUGCUGUACUGGAUGAAAUCAAGAAGAAAAGUUAUCCUAAAAACUCUUUUCUGAAUAUAGAUGUCCCCACCAAUGUUGUGAAUCAUAAGGGUUAUCGACUGACGAAACAAGGCAGAAGUUUUGCGAAAAUGGAGUGGAGUCAAGUUAAUCAUGAUGGUCAAGGAGGGAAGAUGUUAUCAACGAUGACUAUGGACACAAAUUCAUCAUCAUCUUCUGAAUCAGAGGCUUUGAAUCCGAAACAAGACCAUCUCAUGUUCAAGAGACAAGUGAAGGGAUCACACCUGGACGAGGAUGGCGACACAGAUUACUAUUCCCUACAACAAGGAUAUAUAACUGUCAGUGCUCUCGGGGCCUUGUCUCCUGCAGAUACGGACAGCCAAUCAUACUUCAAACAGUGGCUUCCUGGUGUAACUGAAAAGUUUCCGUUCUCUCCUCUGUAAAGACGGAGAUGCCUUUAAACCAUGCGAGCCUCGAUUCAGGAUAUAGUUCUCUAAGGGCCUGAUGUGUUUUGUCAGACAGACAGAGAACCUUUGAAUUCAUCCAGUGUUAGGUAUGAUUGUUCCCUGCCCCGGGCUCUCUGAUCAAUUACCACACUGAACUUAUUUGUGAUAUUCCUAUUCUUGGUGUUGUGAACGUACCUAUAAACAUUGAUGCAUUCUACUAAUAAAAAUUUCUCGUGGAUUUGUUAUCAGCAUUAAAAAUGUAAAUGCUUUGGUUUGUGGAAUUUCGCGAGAUGAACUGAAAAAAGGAGUGAUUUUCUCCCUUUUCUCACCAAAACGGAAGGAAAGUUAUUUUUCGGCUUUGUUUAGGAAGA